AUGUCCCACGCCCUCCUCGACGAGGACCCGAUCGUCGCCCCGUCAUCGUUCAAGCUGCUCGUCGCGGAGCUGUCGAACAACAACGCUUCAACGACGCUCUACGUGCAGAUCUUCUCCUCCGACUCUGAGCCCGAGGAGGGCGGCGGGUGGGGACCUGAGUUGGCCUGCCCCAUCGUCAGCAGCUUCCGCGAGUCGCGGUUCAAGUUCGGCUGCAGCUACGGGAACACAGGGCGUCCCAGGCCCGUCGUCCUAGGUGACACCGUCUACUGGCCGUGCACCUCGGGACUAGGGGACCGCAUCCUCGUGUGGCGGUGGCGCGGAGGGGUAGCUCGCGAGGCUUGGAUUGCCGAUCUCCCGCCCGGGGGGCACCCGGAGAAGUGCCUCGCGGUGCUGCCGUCGCCGGCCGACGCUGCGGGUGCGGGGUCACAGUCACAGGCAUUGCUGGGCUUGAUCGGCAUAGAAGCUGGCGAGAUUGAGGUGAGCAAGCUCGACGCCAGGGAAUGGGAACUGAACCCGGAGCCCGAGUUCUGCCCGUACGAGGUUGAUCUGCUCUCGCACAUGCUGUUCGUGAUGAAGCAGUUCUAA